UUUUGUUUAUAUAAAAUACCUCUAAUCAUAAUGUCGCGAUCACAUUUCUCUCGAAAACUUUGUCUCGUCAUGACGGCCUCACUGGUGGUUAUAACAUUUUUUGUGGUGGGCUACUUUGGUUCUAGCGCCAUCUCAGCACCCUUGUCAGCUUACGGAAGGGAGAGUGAUCAGUCUACUUUGGAAUUAUUGCAUGUGGUAUUUCGUCAUGGACCACGUACACCUGCCGACACCUACCCAAAUGAUCCACAUGUAAAUCAAACAUUUUACCCAUAUGGAUGGGGACACAUAACAAAUGCGGGCAAACGUGAAUUAUUUAACAUUGGCACUUGGCUGCGAAAACGUUAUAGCAGCUAUUUCGAUACCUACUAUCAACCAGAUAUGGUACAUGCCCAGGCUACUGGUGUGACACGCACCCACAUGUCCCUGCAAACGGUGCUGGCUAGCAUGUUUCCACCCAAAAAUACUGCCAUGGAAUGGAACUCUAAGUAUAAUUGGCAGCCAAUUCCUGUAUUCUCGCAGCCUUUAAAUGAAGAUACACUUUUAUUGGUACGCACCACUUGUCCCCGUUACUUUGAAGCUCUACACGAAACUUUAGACUCAGCGGCUGUUAAGGAAGAGAUCAAACCAUUUGAGUAUAUGUAUUCAGAGUUGUCCGAAUUGACUGGCAUGAACUUUACAGAACCAGAGGAUAUACAGUCGCUGUAUUUAACACUGUUGGCAGAGCAAGAAUUUGGCCUUCAAUUACCUUCCUGGACUAAGGGCUAUUAUCCCGAGAAAAUGCAAUUUUUGGCGGAACAAAGCUAUUUGUACAAUGUUUGGACUCCUGAGAUGCAAAAAAUAAAGGCUGGACCUUUUCUCACAAAAAUGUUUAACGAAAUGAAAGACAAAGCCAACAAUAACCUAAAGCCAAAGUCUAGAAAGUUGUACAUCUAUACGGGACAUGAUUCCACUAUAGUGAACAUAAUGGCGGCUUUAAAAAUCUGGAAGAGACAAUUGCCACGUUAUUCGGCAAUGACCAUAUUUGAAUUGCAUAAAAGUAAGGAAACCGGGGAACAUUAUGUGGAGAUCUACUUCAGAAACAAUCCCAAGGACCAGGUUGAAAAACUGACUGUUCCCGGCUGUGAAUUUCAAUGUCCCUUGGAGAAACUUAUUAAGUUGAGUGAGGAGGUGUUGAUUGAUAGUAUGCAAGAUGCAAAUCGCUGUGCAGCCAGAAAUGAAGCCUUUACAGAGCCUCCUUUAAGAGGACCUUAAGCUUUUGAAUCUCAUGUCUCAGGAAAUAGUUUAAGUUUUUUCAGAUUGCUGUUCUGAUUUAAGUAGUUAAAAGUUGUACAGUUUUUAUAUUUUUGAAAAUUUUUUAAAUGAAUUUUGGAGUUUUUUUUUAGAAAUUUAAGUUUUAAUUUAAGUGUAAAUAUGUUAUAAAUAAAAAAAGUGAGGCCUAAUAUUGAAUUACAUAUUAAAUGAAA